AUGACAAAUUGAGACCAGCUCAAAAGACACGGCCUUACACACUAGCGUUACUAUUAUUCUCCAUCUUCUUUCUCUCCUCCAAUUAUUAUUAUUUCUCUCCUCCUCUGAGCUGUGUGUUUUAUUUUCUUUUUUCCUUUAAAAAAAGAAAAAGAUUCUUGUCGAUCAAAGUCGCCGGCGUGUAUAUGGAAGACUUCGGGCGUCAAAGACCGUAUGGAGACGGAGGGAUGCAGAUCCAGCCUUACAACGGUGGUAACCAAGCCGGAGACUUCAGGAGCUAUAGCACUCCUUACGGGACGAGGGAGAACAGUAUAUACGAUCUGAACAAGAAGGAGAAAUCGAUACCUAGAUCGAAGUCUUGGGGGAUAACGGACCCGGAGCUCCAGAGGAAGAAAAGGGUCGCUAGCUAUAAGAUGUAUGGUGUUGAAGGCAAAGUCAAAGGCUCUUUUACUAAAAGUUUCAGAUGGCUUAAGCGGAGGUACACCCAAGUCGUCUAUGGUUGGUGGUGAUACCAUUUUUUUUUUCCUCUUUUAAUUUAUAAUAAUUUUUACUUUACUUGUUGAGGUUUUUUUUUCUGUUUUUGUUUUGAUUUUUAGUUUUCUCAAGUAAUUAUGUUGUGUUCUGUCUCUCUUUUUCUCUUUAUGUAUCUCUGUGUGUUGUAAUCUUGAAUGUAAACUGUGAUGGUUGCAUCGCCAUAAAUUAUAUAUGAAUCAUUAGUUUUACAAAGUAAAGAACUAUGGUUUAAUCU